UUAGCAAGUACCUUAAAUGUCACUGUCGAUUGCGUCUACUCCGUCUGUGUACAUCCAGGCACGUUUUCGGUGAAUGAAACCCCCAGAACAUUUUCUUUCAUCUUGACUAAAUGUGUUGCUAAAUUAUUGUAUAUUUAGCAUUUUAAAGUACUUGGAGAAAUUACACCAUGCAGGUCCUCCGAGUUGUAAGUACACACUAAAUUGCACUGCAAAUUUGUAUCCGGCGCUGAAAGUUACAAAAAACAAGUUGUGGUAUUUCCCAUCAUCCUUAUGCAGCUAGAAUUGGUUUAGAAUAGGCGAGCUAUAUGCACUCUUUAGUAUCCUGAACUGUUGCCCAUGACGAUUUUUUAUGCCUUUCGUGAUUUAAAUUCAGUGUAGCUACUUUACACGCUACUGGAGUGGUGGUUGUCGAUAUUAAUUUGUAUGUGAAUCGCAAGUUCCUUUUCGUUGACGGAAGGAGAAACUCUUGCCUGCGAAGAUGGUUUUAACUUAAAACAACCAGGAAGAGGUGUUGACCAGGGAUUGCAAGUUUGCGCAGUUGUAAUCGUUUAAUCGUGCACCCAGGUUACACUGAAAUGAACUCCUCCAGUGUCUUAGGCUUUUUCCCUCACAAGUCUGCCAUACCUCUAGAGUUGGCCAUGCCUCUGUAUCUGACGAGAGAUGACUUCCGUUACAAGAGGAUCCCCAAGCUGGGCAAACCCCUGCGGUCUUGCGUUCACCGGACCUCCAUCUUGAAGGUGAAGCCGCAAGACUUCAGCAACCACUCGGAGGAAAAGUCCAAAGCCAAGAAACAAGUGUCCUUCGCUGACCACAAGGGGUUUGCUCUCACCAUGGUCAAGAUCUUCUCCGAGUUUGACGACCACAUUGAUAUUCCUCUGAAUAUCCAGGAGCUCAUUGAUACGGUGGUGAACAUGUCCAUGGAAGAGGAUCACCUUAUCCUGGACUUCGCCCAGCCCUCCUCAGACUACCUGGCCUUCCGUCAGCGUCUGGAAGUGGACUGCGUGUGCCUCGAGAACUGCAUGCUGAAGGAGAAAUCCUUGGUUGGCACAGUGAAGGUAAAAAACCUGUCCUUCGAGAAGUCCGUGAAGAUGCGUGUCACUUUCGACACUUGGAAGAGCUUCAGGGACGUGGAAUGCCAGUACGUCAAAGACACCUACACCGGAUCCGACAAGGACACUUUCUCCUUCGAGAUCAACCUCCCCAGCAAAAUCCCCCCUCACGAACGCAUUGAAUUUGCUGUUUUAUAUGAAUGCUGCGGGCAGACCUUUUGGGACAGCAAUCAAGGUCAAAACUACAAGGUUGUCCGAUCAGUCCUGAAAAGCUCCUCCCAGAACGGCGACAAAGGUGGUUUCCAGUCAAGUAGCGCCAUAGAGGACUUGGGGAUUCACUGUGACCUAUAUGGCAGCCCCAGAUGUGCACAUGGAAUCUUCCCUGAAUGGCCCAGCUAUGCAGGCUAUGAAAAAAUUGGACCCUACUACUAGCUGUCACGCACGGCUCUCCAGGAUUCAGUUUGUAGUAGAGUGCAUCCUUUUUUCAGGUAUCUUCAGGGAAAUGCAAAAAGAAACUGGGAUAGCCAUCUAGUCACCUGCUUGAAAGGGUCAAAGAAAUCUGUGGAUGAGCUUGAAAGAGCAGAGCAGGUUUAAAUGCAGCUAGACAGUAAUGCUUUUACGUGAAGGUUGUCUGCUGAGACUCAUGUUGCAAAAGACAUUGGUUCUUAAGACUGUGGCGCGUACACUGAAGUGUGACAGCCUUGGAAGCAUAUCUCUAGAGAGAGGCCUUACUUGUUUUUGUCAGGCUUAUUGUGAAAAGAGACGCUUUAGACAUUUUCUAUUUUUCUAUUGUAGUGCUAUGCUGUGUGCUUCUUCUAAAUUUAUUAUGGGGACAUUUUGAAGCCAAUAUGUAAUGUCAGUGGAUGUAAGACUAGACAAUAGUGGAUACUCAGGAUUAUAGAAAAUGGCUUCAGACAUGUUGCUGCUAUUGUUGGCAAGAAUGCGCUGUCUGCAAUCAUAGAGGAGGGCUUCGCUGAAUUUAGUGGAAACAGUCUUUAUAGUCUGUUAGACUCCCAGACAUGUUUGCUGUAGUGGGUGGAAUUCUUCUUGGCAAUCUUGGUGGGCCUGGAAUUAGCAUUCACCACAGGAAGGCAUUGGAGUAGUUCUGCCAUUUCAAAUUUCUUCCACGUGUUGACAGCUUGUACAGUUGCUCCAUUACCCUGUUGUUGAAAAUGUAAUUUCUGAUCAGCCUUCAUGAUUUGUCAGAAAGGGAAAAAAUCCCGUCUCUACAUCAGACCCUGCUUCCCUAUUUGAAGAGAUUAUUUGGGGGAGUUUGGCAGAAGUGAUAUGACAUGGCAGUAUUGUUGGUAUAUUAGUGAAGAUCAGAAGCUUGUUUAUCUGUGGGAACAAAUGGUGGGAUAGAUAUUCUUAAAGCAGAUCUACACAGUGCAGUUGUACAAGAUCGACCAUCCACUGCGUUGCAGCGGUAAUCCUUUUACGGAGUAAUUGUGGACAGAAAGCAAACAGCUCAAGCUUUCUUAUCCUGAUGUUAAAGUUUAGUCACGUUUAUGUGGCCUGGACAAAGGGACCAGCCUCAAUCCUUGGAGCUUUGUGGAACUCGGAUCAGUUUAUUUCAUGACUGCGAUUGCACUCAUUUGUCUAUUGUUUCUCUGUCAUACUACCUGUUUUGCCUUCUUGUAGCCUAGUCUUGUGCGGCCAAUAGUUACUACAUGAUCCCUUGACUAGGGAUUUCAGUGGGUAUGUUACUGAUAAUCAUGAAAUGUAGUUUAAGUCAAAGCAUUUUUAACUUCCUUUUUCUCUUUUCUUUGCUAAGGUGGGAGGUCAAAAAACUCUGUACCACAAAAUUUCAAUUUCAUAUCAAUCCCUAAUUUGAAAGCGAUUUUCUCCCUGUGCUGCAUCAUAGAUUUUUAAGGACGAAAAUAAUGGCCAUUGAAAAUGAGCUGCAUCUAUUUUCUCCCUUCGAGUUCAUGACUUCUUUGCAGGUUUCAAAGGGAUUUUAUGAACAGAAUAUUUAUGUAUAUAACAGUUACAGGCUGUUAUUGGUGUCUGAUAGAAAUGAUUUCAUUUUGUUUUGGCAUAAUUUGCCUCUCAGUGUGCAAUUUUUGUGUUAGUGAGAUUGAAACAUGAAAAGUGUAAAUGUGAUCUCAUGAUGAGUUACAAAAUCUUAUCUGAGACAUCUGUACAUUAAAAUUACUGUGGCUGAUGCAAUUUUACCCUUCAUAGUUGUACUAUAUAUCAUAACCGAAUGAGCAGGGAUCAGAGUAUAGGUUUUGUACAUUUGUAAUCUAGAUUGUUUCAGAGUCCUUUGUCACAUUUAAAAUGUUGAAAUGUAUGCAUUGUUUUAAAUUGCAGGAAAUGUCUACUAAAGGAAAGCAGUUGAAGACUAGCUAAUGAUUUACCCUUUUGCAGAGGAAAAAAAUGUAAUUUUAAAGGAGAAAUGGCUUGAAAAUUUGAAUUUUUAGCAUUGUUAAUGUGAAGGGAACCUUUCAAGGGGUAAUGACACUGUAGAUUUUUGUGUUCUGUAUGUUUUAUUGUCAUUGUUUGCUGAUUUGAAUGUCAUCAAGUGACCUUUGGUGUAGUUUUAUGCAAAAGAAAUAUGUAUUGGGAGAAAUAUUUUAUCAUGCUGACUGCCAUGUUUUUUGUCUCAUUGUUGUGGGGGAUAGUAUAGAGUAUGAGAACUGUCUGUGCUUCCUCCUAAACUGUUGUUGAACUGUAUUGUGUAUCUCAAAGCAUUAAUGUUUAAAAAAAAUCUGAGAUGUGACUCCUUGACAGGAGAGCUAUCAGGUGCUUGUUCUUUUCUUGGCAGUCAGUGUUGAAACCAAUGAAAAUGCUGGAAUUCUCCCUGCACUUUAAACUAUCAAUAACACUAUUGUACACAAACGGAGAGCUGAUGAGGCCUGUUGACCACUAACAACUGUGAAGGAGAGGUCGUUUUAAGCAGGUUGAGUCAUCCUUUGUUUCUGUGGUGUGAAACGUUCAGACAGCCAAGAAGCAAGCAUAAUGUUGAUCUUUGCAAUGUGGUUGGUGUUGGAGGGUUUUGUUAUGUACAAAUGGGCCUGAAGUGUACACUGUAAAAAAAUAAAUAAAAUGACACCACAUACUAAGACUAGUUGCAAACUCACCAACUUGUUCAGUGAUUGAGGGGGUGUGGGGGUGUCGGAUGAACACAGUCAAAAGUGUGAAAUGAAUUUAAUGUUCUUUAGUAGAAAUUUCCCUCGAUUCAGAAUGUCAUCUGCAUCCUUGCAGUUGUGUGUUCAAGCAAAAUAUGUGCUUUUUUUGUGCUUUAAAGUGCCUUGUAUCAUAAGCUAUGAUCGAAAGGACCGUAGGGAUAUUUUUUGUAUGGGGUGGGAAAAUGCACUUUAAUUUCAGAGAUGUCGGAGUUCAUUUGUGCUUUCAAAAAAAAAAAAGAUUGUUUUAUCAUGUAAAAAAAAAAAAAUAUUUAAUAAAGGUUUUGUUAAUAAUCUU